AGGUGCAGUGGUGGCUUGGGCUUGCAAGCUCAGUGGUGCUGGUCAGGAAAUGAUUCUCACACCAACUCAAGUGAAUGCUCCAUCUGAUAUAAAAAUACAUUUGGGUGGAACUGUCAAGGAAGUAACUUUCUUCUCAAGGACUGAAGAAAAAUGAUAAAAAGUCGGCGCUGGAGGAGAGAGACUUUAUAGUAUAGUUAGUUGUAUUAAAGUUGUAUAGUUUCUUGUAUUAAAUACAUAACGUACAACAUGCUAUUGAACGUCCGUCUCGUGGCAUCUGCAUUGCAGGGUAGACGGUGUUUCUAAGAAGCUUGGCUGGUUGCACAUGUGUCAAGUUUGCUGGGUGUGAAUGAGAUGAAUAAAACAAAUAUUAAUAAGUCAUACACAUUUUAUUAUUAUUAAAUCAGAAAAGCGAGAAAUACAGGAGAGGUAUUUCUAGCUUCAAGUUUUCCUGUGAGUCUGCUACACAAGUGGGAACCAGAGAACCAGACACGUUGCUACUUCAGUCGCAACCCUCAUUGCUAUGUUUGUUGUCGACUCUGAAGCGGUUUAUCAUCAACACUGUGGACAAGAACAAGCACCGUGACCUUCCUCACUAAAACCUUCAGCUUUGACAUGGGAGGCCACCGGCUCUCCUCUGGGCCUCUUCAGCUAGCCUCAUUUUAUCCUAGAUUCUCCCAAGAGUGCAGUUAUUAUUAGUGUAACGUGGCACCGCUGUUCUGAUUUAGUCCUGUGUUGUGAUGAUAUCGCAGCAAGCCGGUCAACAGAUGAGGACAUGCUGCUUGACUCCUUUACCCCGUGGUAAGUGUGAUUGGACCACGUGGCCAGGUGCCAGAGCGAGGUCCGGUUACCCUGAGAGUCCAGAAACAAGCAAAGAUUGGAGUUAUGCAACGCAUUGUCGUCUGUUUUGGGCAGCUGAAUUCAGGCAGUGCCAUGUGUUGUCUACAGUUCUGCUUACAGCCGAUCACAAACCACCGUGUUCUUAAGCCUUUAUUGAAAACUGUACAGGUGGGAGAUGACAUUUCAAGUGUUCAUUAUGUUUUCCAUAAUGGUCCAAAGUUCUUCUCAAGUCUUCUCUCAACAGACGCUCAGCCAAUGACAUGUGUUAGCUGGUUGUCUGUUAAUGUGCCUCCUCAGCUGACACGCCUGAUUUUUAAUUUAGAUAAACUGCCACUUAAAUGUGCGGUGGUGUGAGUGUGUGUGUCUUUUUGGAAAUAAACUGCAGUUCCCUCAGCGGUGGAAUCGGCACCCCACACCACCCACACGUUGAAUAAUCCGCGCGCAUAUCUACCCAGUGGUUUGAAAACAAUGCCGAGUGUGAUUCUUAGCCGGCUAUUUGUGAAACCUCAGUCCUGAACAGGGGGCUCUUACAAACUUACAUAAUGCUCCCUGCUCAACGGUAAUCCCGCUUAUGCUGAGUGAGUCCCCCCAUGUGAUGGAGCUGAGGGGUUGGGUGAGACUGCUGAGACCAUCGGCAAGGCACGGACCUCGGUAGACGUCGGUCACAUGGCCCACAAUCUGCAGGGAGUUUAUAAGAGGAGACGCUCAUCACGGGAAGUAUGCUUUGUGGUUCCGAGAUGGUCAUGGAGCACUCGUUCAUCCUUCACUUCUGACUCAGGAACCAUGAGAGUGGAUUUCAGCUGGUGAUUCGACGGGUCACAUUUAGGAGCCCAGGAGACGCCCCUACCCCCUGUCCUCCCCUCUCUCCCCACGUUCCCGCUCCCACUUCCCUUAUUUGUCUUCUUUCUGCUUCCCUGCGAUCCAUCCUUGGAGUGUCACCAUGCUGAUCAAGGAGUACCGCAUCCCCAUGCCCAUGAGUGUGGAGGAGUACCGCAUCGCCCAGCUCUACAUGAUCCAGAAAAAGAGCCGGGAGGAGAGCUGUGGAGAAGGUAGCGGAGUGGAGAUCCUGGAAAACAAGCCCUACUCGGAUGGACCGGGUGGGAUCGGCCAGUACACCCACAAAGUUUACCACAUUGGCAUGCACAUUCCGAGCUGGUUUCGCUCCAUCCUGCCCAAAGCAGCUCUCAGAGUUGAAGAGGAGUCCUGGAACGCCUACCCUUACACCCGCACCAGAUACACCUGCCCCUUUGUUGAGAAGUUCUCCAUUGACAUUGAGACCUACUACAAGCCUGACACUGGAAGCCAAGCGGAUGUCUUCAACCUGUCAGCUGCAGACAAGAGACAGAGGACGAUCGACCCCAUCGAUAUCGUGACUGAUCCAAUCCCGCCCCAUGAAUACAAGCUAGAGGAGGACCCUCGCAUUUACAAGUCAGCCAAGACGCAGCGGGGUCCGCUGCUGGACAACUGGAUAGAGGACUACAACAACAACCCGGGGAAGACCCCGAUCAUGUGUGCCUACAAGCUGUGCAAGGUGGAAUUCCGCUAUUGGGGCAUGCAGUCAAAGAUCGAGCGGUUUAUCCACGAUGUUGGCUUGAGAAAGGUGAUGGUGCGUGCCCACCGGCAGGCCUGGUGCUGGCAGGACGAAUGGUACGGUCUGACCAUGGAAGAUAUCCGGCAGCUGGAGCUGGAGACCCAGCUGACCCUGGCCAAGAAGAUGGCCCAGUUCAGCCAGGCGGAGGAGGCCACCGAGGCCAACGGUGGGACGCCGUCGCCCGACAAGGAGCAGGAGGCUAAAGAAGCCAUCAGUUCUAUUGAAGCUGAGGAAGUGGUGGUCCGAUCCCCGGGAGAGACUCUCCAGCCUCGAGGUGUGCUCACCAAACAGUGGUCUACAUCUUCACGAUCGUCACGCUCGUCCAAGAGAGGUGCGAGCCCGUCACGCCACAGCCUCUCGGAGUGGAGGAUGCAGAGCAUCGCCAGGGACUCUGAAGACAGCUCGGACGAGGAGUUCUUCGACGCGCACGAGGAUCUGUCAGAGGGCGAGGAGAUUUUCCCAAAAGAGAUUGCCAAGUGGAAUUCCAACGACCUCAUGGAUAAGAUCGAAGCAGCGGACGCAGAAGAAGCCCCAGGCGGACUCUUCAAAGAGAUGACGGUGGACUACGAGAGAGCGGCCACGGAGGACAGACUGGACGAGAUGCGUGGCACAGUUAGAGACCAGGCCAAUAGCUCUCCCAUUCCCACCAUCACAGUCACCAGGCACCAGUCAGAGGCUUCGUCCCAGCAGUGCCUGCAGCCGUCAAAGAUCCAUGUUCUGAUCCUGGUUCUGCAUGGUGGGAGGAUCCUGGACACGGGCGGAGGUGACCAGAGCAGCAAGCAGGCCGACGUCAACACAAUCAGCACCGCUUUCGACACAGUCAUGCGUGUUCACUACCCCGCGGCGCUGGGACGCAUCGCCAUCCGCUUGGUGCCCUGCCCUGCCAUCUGCGCGGAGGCCUUCUCCCUCGUAUCCAACCUGAGCCCGUACAGCUACGACGAGGGCUGUUUGUCCAGCAGCCAAGACCACAUCCCCCUGGCAGCCCUGCCACUCCUGGCCACCUCCUCUCCUCAGUACCAGGAAGCCGUGGCGGCGGUCAUCGUGCGAGCCAACCAAGUGUUCAAUGACUUCAUCAAGUCUCUGGAUGGAGCGACCUUCUCUGGCCAGGUUUGCCUCAUUGGGGACUGUGUUGGUGGAAUCCUGGGGUUCGAUGCUCUAUGCAGCAGCAACCAGACCGUCAAUGAAAGCCAGAACAGCAGCCGCAGAGGCAGCAUUGUCAGUGUUCAGGACCAGGACCUGCUUUCUCCCGGCAUCAUCAUCAACUGCGGUCACGGAUCGUCCUCUCCUACCCUGGAGGGCAGCCGCCACCUCAGCCGCAGCAACAUCGACAUCCCUCGUGCCAGCACCGGCGACGACCCCAAGAGACAGCUGCCGCGGAAGAGGAGCGACUCCUCGACCUACGAGCUGGACACCAUCAAGCAGCACCAAGCUUUUCUGUCCAGCUUACACUCCAGUGUGCUGCGAAGUGACGCAGCCUCAAGGAGGUCGAGCAGCAGCACCAUGUUGGACGGUGGCUCCCUGGGGAAGUUUGACUUUGAGGUGUCCGACUUCUUCCUGUUCGGCUCUCCCCUGGGACUGGUGCUGGCUCUGAGGAAGACUGUCAUACCCAUGCUGGAUGUGGCCCAACUGCGGCCCGCCUGCCAGCAGGUCUACAACUUGUUCCAUCCCGCUGAUCCGUCUGCCUCUCGCCUGGAGCCUCUUCUGGAGAGGAAGUUUCACCUCCUGCCUCCCUUCAACGUUCCCCGCUACCAGCGCUUUCCUCUGGGAGAUGGAAACUCAGCUCUCCUGGUUGAGACAGUCCAGAGCAACACUCAGCUGCUGCUGGACAGUGGACCUCCUCUGUCCCUCCGCUGUCAGGAGACCAUCAGUGAGACCUGCAUCCCUGUCCCCGUGCUAAACUGGCAAGAGGGCUCCCUCAAAGCCACACCUGCCACUAUGGACUCGGAUGUUGUUCAGUCUCAUGGUGGUGUCUUCAUGGACAGUUCGUACCCAUCAUCCCCUGUCACGGGCCCCUUCUCCCGGGGCCAGCGGAGGUCAAGUGAGGUCAGCAUUGCCAGCCAGGUCUCAGGAAUGGCAGACAGUUACACUGCCACCAACAUAGCCAACACCAUCUCAUCCAAAUUAAACACCUCCAAAUCCUUCAGCCUUUUAUCCCAACUGGCCCUAACGUCACAAAACAAAUUCUUCCUGAAAAGUCCGCCCAAAUCUCGUAAGAAAGCCGUGGUCCCAGCAGUACCCGACGAAGCUGAUCCAGUCGAAGUGCUGGAAUGCGAUCCAGAGACUUGUGACGAUCUGAGUCCCUCUGCUCAGUACGAGAACUGCCCGUCAGCGGGGCUGGACUCGGCUAUUUGUGAUCUGGUCUCGCUGGACUCCCAAGCUGAAGUGGAGCAAGUUGCCGCUCGCUGGUGGGGGACCAAACGGCUGGAUUUCGCCCUCUACUGCCCAGACGCACUGACCGCCUUCCCCACCGUGGCGUUACCUCAUCUCUUCCACGCAUCCUACUGGGAGUCUACGGAUGUGGUGUCCUUCCUCCUGAGACAGGUCAUGCGGCAUGAGAACCCCAGCAUCCUCGAGCUUGAUGGCAAAGAGGUGUCUGAAUUCACUCCCUCCAAACCCAGAGAGAAGUGGCUUCGCAAGAGAACUCACGUGAAAAUCAGGAACGUGACCGCAAACCAUCGUGUUAACGACGCCGUGUUCACCGAAGACAGCCAGCAGGUGGUGACCGGCCGCUUUAUGUACGGACCUUUGGACAUGGUGACUUUGGCUGGAGAAAAGGUGGAUCUGCACAUCAUGACGCAGCCUCCGUCCGGGGAGUGGGUCUACUUCAACACUGAGGUGACCAACAGCAGCGGCCGAGUGUCCUUCCUCGUCCCGGAGGACAAACGUUUGGGAAUCGGGGUGUACCCGGUUAAAAUGGUGGUCAGGGGUGACCACACGUUCGCCGACAGCUACUUGACCGUUAUCCCUCGGGGAACCGAGUUUGUGGUGUUCAGCAUCGACGGCUCCUUCGCUGCAAGCGUGUCGAUCAUGGGAAGCGACCCCAAAGUGCGGGCGGGAGCUGUGGAUGUCGUCAGGCACUGGCAGGAUUUGGGCUACCUGAUCAUUUAUGUUACCGGACGGCCGGACAUGCAGAAGCAGCGGGUCGUGGCCUGGCUGUCUCAGCACAACUUCCCGCAUGGCAUCGUCUCCUUCUGUGACGGCUUGGUUCACGACCCACUACGACACAAAGCCAACUUCCUCAAGUCACUGACAGAGGCCCAUAUGAAGAUUUUCGCUGGCUACGGCUCCACCAAAGACAUUUCUGUCUACACCUCCAUCGGCCUGCCCUCCUCUCAGAUAUACAUUGUUGGCCGACCCACCAAGAAGAUGCAGCACCAGUGUCAGUUCAUCACCGAGGGCUACGCCGCACACCUGUCUCUGCUGGAGUACAACCAUCGCUCUCGACCCGCCAAGUCCAGCAGCGCUCGCAUGGUGCUGCGCAAGAGCAGCUUCGGCCUGGGAGCCAACAGUGACUUCCUCAGGAAGCGGAACCACCUGCUGCGCACCAUCUCCUCCCAGCCCUCUCCUACCUCCCCCACUGGAAGCCUCCACAACAGGCCGGAGCGCACGCAAAGCCAGUCGGACAGCGAGCGGCUGGAGAGAGAGCGGCUGGAUCGAGCGUACGGCCACAGCCAGGGGGCGACGCAGCGCAGCAUGAGCAUCACAGCCAGCUGCUGGGGUCGCAGCAGCAGCACCAAGCUGGACCCGGGGAUCCUCAGCCCCAAGUGAUGAGCCAGUGGGGAACAUUCAAAGAAGAGACAUGGGGAAUGAGAGCUUUUGCACCGAAUACAUGGAAACGAUUGGUGCUUUUCACUGAACUAACAGUCUCAAAUAUCUCUCACCUUCACGCAGGAACGUUACCCUUUACAGCAUCUGUGGCUUGUGUUGGCAAAAAGUACGUUUUGGAUGGAUCCGGGGCUCGGGUGGCAUCUGAACUCAUUCACGCUCACUCAGUUGUAACUCAACAAGGUGAGAGUAGACGCAGUUCAAAGGACCUCAACAUCGGAAUGCUAACAGCAUACAGAGUGAUAAUAAUCUCAUUUUGUAAGACACAAAUCAGCCUAAAUUCUUCGACACGUGAUGAAAGCCAAAUAUUUAAGUGUUAAAUCUACAAUUAUUCAACUAGUAUCAACUCCUGGGUUGAAUGUCAGUUCCAGCUCUUCAAUGGCUUCCAUCGAUGUUUGUAUUGUAUCGCUUGUCUGACCGAGCCGGACCCUGAUUUAGAGCUUACUUUUCUCUGCGGGUUGCAAAGCACACGACUGAUCCAAGUGUCGUUUUGUAAUAUGACGUAGGCGGUUUAGCACGGCCAUUUAACCUCUCGCCUCCUUCCUGUUCGGGUGUCACCACGUCUCACUCCAGCUAAAGCACAAACACUCCAGAACGUUGUGUGGAGAUAGAGUUUGCUUCUUAUUCAAUCAUGUUUACAGAAAAAAAAGUAGUUUGGAACACAAAAGGGAUUCACACUCCACAGACUCAAGCUGUUAGUUCUCUUUAGAGUUAGCGUCUUUCUAUAUUGACCUUAGUUUCUGUUGUCCUUUUUUGUUUUACCUCAUCGUUCCGUCAUGCAUGUGUAAAUAGCCCUGGGGACUCCUGAACGUGCCAAAGUGAACCGUGGCGAAUGAGCUUCUGUACAUAAACGGAGUUGAAUCAGAGUGUUGAAAUAUAUAUUUGUAAAUAUUUGUGAUAUAGCAAACCUGGUCCACUGAAGACCAGCAUCAAGUGUCUUCUCCACUCUGGGGUGAAUACAGACCUCCUUCAGGAUACAUAUUAUGAUUAUACCAACAAUGGUUAUCAUUGUUAUUUAAAGGUGAUAUUUUAAUUGUGAACAAAAAUGUGCUUUAAUAUUAUUUAAGCUAUUUUGUGUUUCCUUUUUUUCAUUUCUUUUAGUUGCAGCAGCCAAACUUCCAGUUCCAGUUUGAGUAUUUUUUUUAAAUUAUUAUUAUUAUUAUUGUACCGUGCAGAGCAGCAGAAUUGUAUCAGGAGAGGUGAUAUCUUGUGUCAUAUAUUGUCUGUUAUCCAAUCUACUUUGGACAUACAAGAUAUGGUUUCUCUGUUGUUAGCCCUACGCUGUACAUGAAUGUGUCCACAGAUAAUCGCUCCGUUUUGCUGCACCUUGAGGAAUGAUGUACAUUUUGUAAAAUAUACUGUCAAGACAAGAACACAAAGCUUAUUUUAUGCUCUUGCCAAGACUUUGUGUCCUUCGUCUUCAUUUGCAUUGUUUGUUUGCUCGGAGAAAGAGGCAGAGCGAAUGCGAUGGACCAAUGUUUGCAGAAAUGCGAGGAAGGGAAAUGUGCAAUAUGGCUCAACUUCACCACAAAAGUGCACAACAGUCAAGUAAAGAAUAUGUCAUUCAAAGUACAAGUUGUCUCUAGAAAACAAAGCUGCUCGGUCUCCUAUAACUGUCAGAGAUGUAGGUGUUGAAGAACCAGGCCGUGACGGUCAUUCUGGAUCUCAUCGCAGACCAUGUGAUCAUAUUGGCUUUAGCACCGGGGAUGAAAUGAUCAAAGAGAGCAUAUUUCUCACUUGUGUCUUGGGAUCUUGUUCAUGGCUGUGGGAUGAAUUAGGAUCAGCAGGACUAGCGAGUCUAUUGUGGCGAGGAAAGAGCUGAGCCAAAAGGCAAGGUUAAUCUAUGUUCCAUGAGCUUGAGAGAGAACGUGGUGGACCGGAUACUUGUGGCUCUGAUAUCUUAUCCACCAUGUGAGAUUUUGCACGCGUGUCCAACUGUGGGGGAACAUGUUGGACCGUCUGUUGUCCACCUCAGAGAGGUUUAUGUAUAAUCUAUUCUUUAUCAACACAGAAAAAGUAGUUUUCUGAGUAGAAAGAGUAGAAAUCCUUUGAACCAGUCGGAUUUAAGACUCAUGUCCCCAGUUCAGAGUGUAAACAAUUGUUAUGCACAUGUUUAAAGAAGUUCUUUCAAUCUGUUUACGCACUGCAGCUCAUAACUGAGCUGAACGUCAGCCCUCUGGCUCAGCUCUUUUUCCUGUCAUGAAGGAGCUGCAAAGCAAACUAACACAGUCCAUACAUCAAGUAUGAAACACAGAUUAAGUCUUUACAGCUCUUCCUCGCCAAUAAAAAUCUGCUUUUGUGUAGAAAUCCUCAUGAGCACCAGUCCAUGGCAGAUCCCUGAUGUUUGUGGUGUUGCUGACCUGCUGACCUUCACAUUGUCCUCACCACGUUUCUGUCAUUAAUGGAGGCGUCCGCCUCAGAUCAGUUGUUCUGUUUCCUCUUGUCCUGCUUCCUGAAGCCACCACCCUGCUAAUGUUUGCCUUCGGAAACCUCACACAGGUAUAGACGAUUCUGGAAAACAUGCAUUUGCUAUUAUUCUCCUGCCUUUGAAGCUCAUUUCCGAAAUAUUUCAACAUCUAGAAUGUAGAAAAUGAAGCACUGAAGUUUGGAUACCUCUGGGCAGAUGACUCUGCUUCUGACGCACACGUUACCAGAGGCCUUAUACCCCGCCCCUCCCCUCUCUGCCUUACACACCGUCGCGUUGCGGGGUGAAGGACCACCCUGGAAGAAACGGCCAUACUUUUCUUAAAAAAAGGUUUUGGUUUGAGUAGAAGAAAGACGUAUUCACCCACUUUCACCGCGACCCGUCACUGCUCACCUGGUUCAACGAACUGUCCUCAACCCCCAGCUUUCACAGCGACGGACCCGUGCAUCCUCAUAUAGGCUUGGCAAAUAUUUUCAUUGUACAAGGUGUGUAUUUUGUAGAUUUUGAAAUGACUAUGUUUAUUGUUUUUAUGAAAGUGUAUAAAGGACAUGUCAAAUCAAUGUG